AUGGACGGGCUCCCACAGCCACCACAGCCACCGCCCCCGCCCCCGCCGGGGUGUGGUGGCAAGGAUGGCCCAGGCCUUGGGGAUUUCGGAUCAGGCUUUCAGCCCCAGGGAAGCAACGGAGGCUUCGGCGGGCCGGAGGGCUACGCCUAUGGUUCGCAGGGUGGAUACCCAGCAAGUUACGGGGCAGCCCCGGGCGGCUACGGAGCACCCGGCGAUGUGUCGUACGGCGGAGGUUUUGGGGCACCCCCGCCCCCUCCUCAAAGUGGAGCUCCUGGCUACGGUGGCUACCCCGGCGGGUAUGACAUGUACCAGCAAGGCUUCACGCCCCCUCCCCCGGGCAGCUAUGGCGGAAGCUACAGCAGCUUCGAUGCGGGUCGAAGCCGGGACUUCGAAGGAAGAGACCGGGACAUGGGACGAGACAGUGGCCGCGAUGGCGGCCGAGGAUAUGAUGGCGGAAGGGGAGGCGACAGAGGAGCCGAUCGAGGGUCCGAUAGGGGUGACCGAGGGCGGAGAGAUUUCGAUCGACCGGGCGGUGGCGGAGACAGAGGUGGGGGAGACAGAGGUGGCGGCGGCAGGGAUUAUGAUCGAGGAGGCCGGGACUACGACCGGGGAGAUAGAAGUCGCGGCUACGAUGACAGGGCAGCCGACAGAAGAGACAGCGGAAAAGGCUACGACUUCGGAAAGGGCUAUGGUCGCGGCGUUCCCCUCCCUGAGCCUGUGGAUCUCCAGUUGAAGAACCUGCCUCUAGAUGCCACGGAAGCGGCACUUAGAAGCCUCUUUGGGCAGAAGGGCCUGACGUUCGACUCCGUGGAGUUCUACGUCACAGCAAACAUGACCGUCUCCUCGCAGUCGCAGGCUGAGAAGGUCAUCCAGGCGUUCCACAUGACCAAAAUUGCGGGCCGGUCCAUCGAAUGCGUGCAAGCACAGGAGACCCGGGCUCACGAAGCCGAGCCCGCAGUCGGCGGCGCGAACGCAGCCGUAGUGGGCCGCGCCGCGACACGCGCUCUCCACGGCCAGAGUUGCGAAGGGACCGCAGCCGGUCCGCCCCGCGCGGAGGCGGCGGAGGAGGAGGAGGAGGCCGAUGGUCGAGUUUGCCCCUGUUUGCUUGAGGACGUGAUAGAAGCCGCAGUCCACGACAGCGCCGUGGUGACACCUGGAGCGACAAGGGAGGUGGCCGUGGCGGAGGUGGUGGAGGUCGCGAUGAUGGCCGGUCCCGAGGCCCGAGAAGAAGUAAAGAGCACAGAGUUUGAGUCUUAA